AUGAAUGCAACGCUGGCGGUGAGUGGAUCUAUCACAACAACAAUUUUCACUCUAAUGAUGGAGUGCACGAGACGUGAGGUCGUUGAAGGCGCCCAAGCAACGCAUUACACAAUUCUCUCCACCGCGGAAGUUCUUGGCAAAUUGGUCUUCAGUGCCCUUGGCGCUGCCUCUCUCACUGACGCGCUUGGAUAUCCGUCGGCUUUCCUCUUCUUUCUCCUCCUUUGUCUAAUUCCGCCAUUUGUCUAA